GCUCGUUGCUAGCGGGUCAAACGACGUCAGGGGUUAAAGUGGCGUUCAAAACAGCCUUUUCUCUCUGCAAACCUACGAAAAAUGUCGACCGGUAGUGGUAUUGAGAUACCGAGCCGUCUGCCUCUGCUGUUGACCCAUGAGGGCGUUGUGCUACCGGGUUCCACGGUCCGGUUGAGCGUGGAUACCCCACGGAACAUGCACCUGGUCAGACACCGGCUGCUGAAGGGGACCUCACUGAAAAGUACCAUCAUUGGAGUGAUUCCCAACACCAGAGACCCAGAACACGACGGCGAGGAACUACCAACAUUUCACAGAAUCGGUACAGCGGGAAUAGCGGUGCAGGUGGUUGGCAGUAACUGGCCAAAACCCCACUACACUCUCCUCAUCACAGGGCUGUGCCGGCUUCGUGUGGUGGGUCUACUGAAGGAGCGACCGUUUGUGUUCGCAGAGGUGGAGCAGUUGGAUAAACUGGAGCAGUACACCUCCACAGCAGCAGAGGGCAUCACAGCAGAAGAUGGAGAGCUGGGGGAACUGUCCCAGAACUUUUAUCAGGCAGCUGUUCAGUUGUUAGGGAUGUUGGACAUGUCUGUUCCAGUGGUGGCUAAGUUUAGACGUUUGCUGGACAGCCUGCCCAGGGAGACGCUACCUGAUGUAGUAGCCUCCAUGAUCCGCACCUCAAACAUGGAAAAACUGCAGGUCUUGGAUGCUGUGAACUUGGAGGAGCGUUUUAAAGCGGUCCUGCCCAUGCUGACCAGACAGAUAGAGGGACUGAAACUGCUGCAGAAAAGCAGAAAAAUGAGUCCUAACAAUGAAAAGAGGGUGUUGUCAGUGCGUAAAGGUGGAGUGUUUCCUGGCCGACAGUUUAACCUGGAGGAUGAGGAGGAAGAUGAAGAUGGAGAUGAUACUGUAGCACUGGAGAAGAAAAUUCAUGGGGCCAAGAUGCCUGAAGCCGCACUCAGAGUUUGCCUCAAAGAGCUCAAGAGAUUAAAGAAAAUGCCUCAGUCCAUGCCUGAGUAUGCCCUAACCAGAAACUAUUUGGAUCUGAUGGUUGAGUUGCCCUGGAGCAAAAGCACUAAAGACUGUUUGGACAUUCGUGCUGCUCGUGCUCUGCUGGACAACGAUCACUAUGCCAUGGCGAAACUGAAGAGACGAGUGCUGGAGUACCUGGCAGUUCGGCAGCUUAAGACUUCUUUGAAGGGGCCGAUUCUCUGUUUUGUGGGACCUCCAGGUGUCGGUAAGACCAGUGUGGGCCGCUCCAUAGCCAGGACUCUGGGCAGAGAGUUUCACCGCAUCGCUCUGGGAGGAGUUUGUGACCAGUCCGAUAUCCGAGGACACAGACGUACAUAUGUCGGCAGCAUGCCAGGUCGCAUCAUCAACGGUUUGAAGAUGGUGGCCAUCAACAAUCCUGUGUUCCUGUUGGAUGAGGUGGACAAACUGGGGAAAAGCCUGCAAGGAGACCCAGCAGCCGCGCUGCUGGAGGUCCUGGACCCUGAACAGAACCACAGCUUCACAGACCAUUAUCUCAACGUGGCGUUUGACCUCUCCCAGGUGCUCUUUAUUGCCACUGCCAACACCACAGCCACCAUUCCUCCUGCUCUGCUGGACAGGAUGGAGGUUCUGCAAGUUCCAGGCUACACUCAGGAAGAAAAGGUGGAGAUAGCACACCGUCAUCUCAUUCCAAACCAGCUGGAACAGCACGGCCUGACGCCUCAACAGCUACACAUACCACAGGACACUACACAGGACAUAAUAACCAGGUACACCCGCGAAGCAGGCGUUCGUGCUUUAGAGAGGAAGAUUGGCUCGAUCUGCCGAGCCGUGGCUGUGAAGAUUGCUGAAGGACGCAGAAAUGCCACGUUGGAGGGUUUGAGUCCAGAGGAGCAGCAGGGAGAUAAGGCCGCGCCCCCCGACCUGCCCAUCGUGAUCGAUCACCUCGCCCUGAAAGACAUCCUGGGGCCGCCACUGUUUGAGAUGGAGGUGUCUGAGCGACUGACACUGCCCGGCGUGGCUCUGGGUCUGGCCUGGACACCUCUGGGCGGAGAGAUCAUGUUUGUGGAGGCGAGCCGAAUGGAGGGUGAGGGUCAGCUCACGCUGACCGGUCAGCUGGGAGAUGUCAUGAAAGAGUCGGCACACCUGGCCAUCAGCUGGCUCAGAGCUAAUGCUAAAAAGUACCACCUCAUCAACAUGGUCGGGGGUCCAGAUCCUUUAGAAGGCACAGACAUCCACCUCCACUUCCCUGCUGGAGCCGUCACCAAGGACGGGCCCUCUGCCGGUGUUACCAUAGUAACCUGUCUCGCUUCACUCUUCAGCGGCCGAUUGGUCAGAUCUGAUGUUGCUAUGACAGGAGAGAUCACUUUAAGAGGGCUGGUGCUGCCGGUGGGUGGAAUUAAAGACAAAGUCCUAGCAGCACACAGAGCAGGAGUCAAGUGUGUCAUUCUCCCAAAACGUAAUGAGAAGGACCUGGAGGAGUUACCAGAAAAUGUCCAAGCUGACCUAGACUUUGUUACUGCCAGCACACUGGAAGAGGUGUUGAAUGCUGCCUUUGAUGGAGGCUUUCCAGGGAGCACAUGUGAGCGCCCUCAGCUGCCCAGCAAGCUGUAAUGCACUGGGCAACGACAAUAACAGUGACAACAUGACAGUCAGGAAGUGUGCUUGAUCCACUGAAUGAAGCAGUGUUUGUGCAAGUUUGUCAUUUGUAGAACAUGGUCAUAAUUAUAACAAGUUAAUGAGGAAAUCUUUGCUUGAGUGCAGUGGUGUGAAAGUUUGAAUUAUUAAAGUAUUCUGUUGGUAAAACAGAAUUUCCAUCUGUUCCAUUGACAAAAUGUACUUUGUAAGUCUCUCCCCACCAAUUCAGCUGAAUGUAUGAAAAUGCUACAAGUCAUGAAGAAGGGUGCAGUGGACUCUUAAAGUCAUCAAAAAAAGUAAAUAAAAUUCAUACCAUCUGAUGUAAUAAAAUUCUCCAACAUGUAUUCAGUGCUGUGGAAAUGUUCAUGUAUCCAUGUGUUGACUUGUUGAAACAUAAGUGCCUUCAGCUGCUCUCUUGUUCUCUCUCAGGGUUACCACAGGUGGAUCUCCAAGUUAAUUUGGCACAAGUUUUAUACUGGAUGCCCUUUCUGAACCAACUCCAUAUUACAUGGAGAGGGGGCAGGGGUGACCUUGAACAGAAAACAUUCCAUACUGAAAGCAAGCACACAUACCCACCACCACUACUGCCAAAUGUGCUAAUUGUGAUUUACUGUAAAUUAAAUAGACAUGCAUUUUACAUUUUUUUAAUUCACUCUGAAAACUUUUUUCACCAAUAUUUCUCAGAUGUGAUUUAAGAUUUUGACUUAUGUAUUAAAACUGAGGCGGCCUCAGUUUUACCCGGGGUUGUAUGUAAUCAUGCACUGAGGUGCACAUCUGUGAAAUUUAACUUAAAGUUUAAACAAUAAGCAAUAUUACUCACUUUAAGGUUUCAGUGACAAAUGUCUGUUGUAGUUCAGUUUGACACAUUAGAU